UGUGUCUGAUUCGGCUCUUUCAUUAUGCCAGUGACAACGGCCCCUGCACCUGUUAACAUUUUCGACGAUGACGACGAUGGAUGGCAGGAUAUGCCUGUCGUUCGGGAGGACGAGCUCAAGGGCGGGCUCGAUGAAGAAGACCAAAAGCGAUACCACUACGUACCUUCCGCCAAGGGCACCAAUGCUGCUAAUGCCAUCGGCACCAUUGACGUCGACGACCUUGGGAACGAAUGGCGGUCGAAGAUAGACCAUAAUGAAAACGAAUACACGAGGCUGCGGGUGAAGGAGGAGGACGAGAACGACGACGUGCACCUACGGACCCGGUACUUAUUCGACGAAGACAAGGCUAUGACCCCGCUCAGUCAGAUGCAGGCGACCAAGAAUCUGCUCACAGAAGCCCAGCGUAUAGCGUACGUCGGCCUCUGCUCGCUAACGAGUCGGGAGAUGGCCCAGGAAAUGAAGAUGGCACGUCGCAAGGAACUCAAGGCGGCGGCGGCAAGCAUGGAGCUCUGGGCGAUGAAGAUAAUGGGUCGGUUAUAUUAUCAUAUGGAACUCGAGACUCAAGAGCAGAAGAUGAUUGAGAGUCUCGGUGAACAUGGUGUACUACCUAUGGAUCUCGUCCCGGCCCUCAUGACCACGCAUACUGUCGCCAAUCCCGAGUAUGAUCCUGAAGCAGCUCGUCAGCGGGCAUCUCACGAAGACGAGCCUGACAACCAACCUGCGACCCAUGUCGACAUACCCCCAUCACCCUCCGCAUCUACCAAACCUGCUUUUCAAACAACAGCCAAAGUCCUCGAAGAUACCUCCACAUCUGCCAUACCCGGUGUAUCUACAACUCUCUCUUCCGCAGACGAGAGGGUCACUCUCGACAUUCGAUGGACGGUCUUAUGCGAUCUAUUUUUGAUACUCAUCGCCGAUAGCGUCUAUGAUGCUCGUUCGCGCGUUCUCCUCGAAAGCGUUGCCCUGAAGCUUGGUCUCGGAUGGUUGGAUGUGGUCAAGUUCGAGAGUCGUGUGACUGAGGCGUUGGAAAUCCAGGAGGACGUGGAGAGAAUGGAGAAUGAGGACAUCAUUGACGGUCGCAGAAAGGCUAAUAGGAAGAAGCGAUACAUGAUGUUGGGUCUUGCUACGCUUGGAGGUGGACUAGUCAUUGGUCUAUCUGCCGGGCUUUUAGCUCCAGUUAUUGGGGUGGGCCUUGGUGCAGCGUUCACCACCAUCGGGAUAACAGGGACAACGGGUUUUCUCGCCGGAGCCGGAGGUGCAGCCGUUAUCACGACUGGUGGUGUACUAACAGGAAGCGGUAUCGCUGUUCGAGGGAUGAUUAACCGGACGCAACAAGUUCGAACGUUCAAUCUACUUCCGCUGCAUAACAACAAGCGGGUGAACUGUAUCAUCACAGUUCCAGGAUUUCUGAACGGCGCCUUAGAUGACCCUCGGCUGCCUUUCAGCGUGUUGGACCCCAUUGUUGGCGAUGUCUUCAGUGUUCUCUGGGAGCCCGAAAUGAUUCGGGAGACUGGAAGCGCUUUGAAGAUCCUUACCACUGAAGUCCUCAGUCAAAUCGGAGCAACGGUGUUACAAGCAACAGUCAUGACCGCCUUAAUGAGUGCCCUUCAAUGGCCAAUCAUUCUCACCAAGCUCGGCUAUCUCAUCGACAAUCCCUGGAAUAAUGCUCUUGACAGAGCCAAGGCAGCCGGCAGUGUUCUAGCAGAUGUUUUGAUACAACGCCAUCUUGGUGUUCGCCCCACGACUCUCAUUGGCUUCUCCCUGGGCGCUCGCGUCAUCUUCUAUGCCCUUGUUGAACUGGCCAAACAGAAAGCGUACGGCAUUGUCCAGGACGUCUUCAUUCUCGGAACGACCGUCACCGCGUCGUCCAAGACAUGGUGUGAGACGCGAUCAGUUGUGUCAGGUCGAUACGUCAAUGCUUUCGCACGGAACGAUUGGGUGCUCAACUAUCUCUUUCGGGCUACGAGUGGGGGAGUUGGGACUGUCGCUGGCUUGAGGCCUGUCGAUGGAGUGCCCGGAUUAGAAAAUGUGGAUGUGACUGACAAAAUUUCCGGGCACAUGAGUUACAGAGCGUUUAUGCCUCUGAUUCUGGAUCAGCUGGGUUUCCCGGUAUCGGCGGAUUAUUUCGAUGAGCCUGAGGAACCCGAAUUCACGGAAGAUCGGGUAGUUGUACGGGAAGAAGAUAUGUCGAAGAAGAAGGGUUGGUUUUCGAGGAAAUCUAAACCUUCAAAACCCCAGCACGUAUCAAGACCGCCAGGUGGGCCUUCGUCGUAUUCGAAGAAACCUUCGGGACCAGCAUCGACACCCAGGGAUUCCCUAGACAAUGAUCUCCCUCCGCGGAUGGAUUCUUCCACGCCUGUAUCAACGCCGCCUUCCACACCUCAACGAGAUACGGCAUCCCCCGGACCGGACAUCCCUAUGCACGCUGGGUUCGAUUUUGCCGCCAUCAAGGAGAUGAUAGGACAAUCCGAGCAGCCUGAGCAGCAGGUGGUGUCACCUACGCCGAUCGUCGCGCCUACCAUUCCACCACCAACUAACCGCACCGAAUCCAUGCCUCCGGCGAUCAAACGUUCGUCUUCCCCUACUCCAGGUCCAAGCACGUCGCGUAGCCCUUCACCACCAAAGAAGGACGAGAUGAGCUCUGCAUUCUCGCGAUCCUUGUCGUUGAAUGAUGCCAAUGACUCUGAUACCGAUACUGAGCCUUCCAAAUCGCCCUAUGUUUCUCCACCGCUCAGUCCACCUUCAUACUCGCAACCUCCACCUCCGUCGUCGGCAUUCGGUGUUAAUGACAGCUGGUCAGACCCUCCGUCACGAACUACAACUUUAUCUUCAUUCAAUAACUACGGCUUCAAUGUUCCUACCUAUUCGACUUCAGCUGUGUCGCUCACUCAGAAUCCAUUUACGUCACCAUUGGCUACGCCGCCUGAUGCGGGGUUAUCGUUUGGCGGUGUGGAUGGAUCUAUAACUACGUCGUCUCCUGCGAACGUUAGUGAUCCAUGGAGUAUGCCCGCACAUGUAGGAAGGAGAAAGAACACGGGCGGGACUGAUUAUAGUUCAAACCCGUGGUCAUGAUUACUACACACUCUUUUGCAUAAUGUAAUAGUAUG